AGAAGAGAGAGAAAUGCAAAGAAAACUUGGGUAGUUAUCAAUGCAUGUGUUAUAUAUUCCCCUCAUUUGACACCCCACACGUUUUAUUCUCAUAUCCAUCCAUCUAUCCAUAUUUAAUUACAUGUUUCAUCUUUCUUCUUAGCAUCUUCCAAAUCAACAAUUAAUAGAGAUCAUCAUGGGUAAAGCCUCAAAGCUUCGUAUAGAUCUUCCUCUACUAGACUCAUCAAAGGAUAAUCAUGUAUAUUUCAACAACAUACACAUACAAGAUCUCGAUAAUGAUAUAUCUACCAUCAACACCACAUCAUCUUCGUCGUCGUCGUCAUCAUCAUCGAGCGCCCUCGAUGAAGAUUCAUCAUCGUUCUCCGCCUCAUCAUCGUUGUCUACAUCAUCCGACAUGGCUGACAUGGCCGACGACGCAUCUUCACCGUUGAUCUCGGGGCAAUCUUUGUAUAAUUUGUCGGACAUCAUGGCUCAAUUACCCAUCAAGAAAGGGUUAUCAAAGUAUUAUGAUGGGAAGUCACAAUCAUAUAGCUCUUUAUCAAAAGUUACAAGUUUAGAAGAUCUAAUGAAGAAAAACCCUCAUGGAAGGAAACCAAUGAAGGGAUCUAAGAGCUAUGGAGGUUGUCUAGAUUCAUUCAAAUCUCAUACUCUUCCGAAACCAACUAUAUCGAAGAGAUCGUCGAGAAAUAGGUUGUCAAGUUCAUCUUUUCCGCCUAAAAGAGGUAGCUUGCUAAAUAAUUGCAAGCCUCCACUGGCUCCUCAUCUUCAAAAUAGCUUAAGAUGUUAAUUUUGUGAAGACUUGAAAGUAGAAAAAAUAUAUAGAAAUCUAUGUACAUAGAGAGGUAUAUGAAUAUAACAUUUUCUUUGAUUUUAGGAAAGUAUUUUAUUAUGCAAAUGGGUACAUAGCUGUUGGAUCUUAUGUAUUUGGUAUGUCAUUAAUUUUGUACUCACUAGUUUGUCUUA